GCGGAGUCCGUGCGCCGCUCGUGUGGGCACUUUGGCCUGCGCGGUGUUUGCCAGGCCAGUUUGCAAGGAGCGCUGUAAGGCGCUGUGCAGUGUGAGGCGCUCCGCACGCCAAGCGGGCAGCCAGUGGCGGGAGGUGAAUCGUGGCCGCAUAGGCCAGGAGGUGGAGGGAUGGCCCUGCUCCAGCGCAGCGAAGCGACAAAGCGGGCAUCCCAAGGUGCGCAGCACUCGGUUCUCGGUCCUUGGUCCAAGAUUCUGCGUUAUUCUUUCAAACGCCCGCAGCCCCAACUAA